UUUACUUUUUGGUGUUGAAUUGAAUACAUCUUAUUUAGUCCAGCUUUUGUGUUUCACAUUUGGCAACUCAAUCACAAACAUGUAACAUGCUACUUUUCUUACCAAUAACAAUAAGUUAACAAAAUAUGAAUCUUUUCUUUCUAGCUAUAAAAGAAAGUGCAGCAGUAGCAUCCCAGCAAACCACACACUCUCUCUCCUUUUGGCAACCCAACUUCAAAUUUCUAUCUACAAUGUCUAGAGCCAAACAGGUUAUUACAUGCAAAGCUGCUAUAUGCUGGGGUGUAGGAAAGGGAGUGACUGUCGAAGAGAUUCAAGUAGAUCCACCUAAGGCAACAGAAGUUCGGGUUAAGAUGUUGUGUUCUAGUAUCUGCCACACAGACAUCUCAAGUCUUCAAGGAUUUCCACAUAAUCAGUUUCCUCUAGCACUUGGACACGAAGGAAUAGGUGUUGUAGAAAGUGUUGGUGAUGAAAUAACAAACCUAAAGGAAGGUGAUUUGAUAAUUCCGACAUACAUAGGAGAGUGUGGAGAAUGUGAGAAUUGUGGUUCAGGGAAAACAAAUUUAUGUUUGACACAUCCUGUGAGGUUGACUGGUUUAAUGCCAGACAACACUUCGAGGUUGUCUGUACGAGGUCAAACAGUGUACCAUGUUUUGAGCUGUGCUACAUGGUCAGAGUAUGUGGUUGUUGAUGUCAACUACCUUGUCAAAGUUGAUCCAACCAUUAAUCUACCUUAUGCUAGUUUCAUCUCAUGUGGUUUUUCAACUGGUUAUGGAGCUUCUUGGAAAGAAGCCAUUGUUGAAACUGGUUCAACUGUGGCUGUUUUUGGUCUUGGUGCUGUUGGAUUAGGGGCGAUAAGUGGGGCCAAGAUGAUGGGAGCAAGUAAGAUAAUUGGUGUUGAUAUAAACGAGAUGAAGAAAGAAAAAGGAGAGGCUUUUGGAAUGACUCAUUUUAUAAAUAGUAAUGUUUCUGAUAAAUCUGCUUCUGAUUUGGUUAAGGAGUUAACUGGAAUGGGUGUGGAUUAUUGUAUUGAAUGCACAGGUGUUGCAUCUAUGCUUACUGAAUCUCUUGAAGCCACAAAAAAGGGAACAGGUAAAACAAUUGUUGUUGGUAUAGGAGCUGAACUUGUUGUACCCUUAGGAGUUCUUGCUAUUCAGUUUGGUAGAACCUUAAAAGGUUCUGCUUUUGGAGGUAUAAGAGCCAAAUCAGAUCUUUCCAUCAUUGCUCACAAAUGUCAAAAUCAGGAAUUUCCUCUUGAAGAACUUUUCACACAUGAGGUCUCUUUGGUAGAUAUAAACAAAGGAUUUGAGUUAUUGAAACAACCCAAUUGUGUGAAAGUUGUCGUCAAAAUGUAGUGUUACAUUUAUUAUGGGUAAACCAAAAUGUAGUGUCUUGCUAGUUGGUAAUACUGGUUCGCUUAAUCAAAUCAGGAGGAGUUGGUAUUUUGCUUCACACUUGGAGAAUCCAAGAUGAUUAGGCUGUUUGACUACAUGAACUAGUUUAUACACAUGUAUUGGUGCCUGUUUUUUUUUCUCCACUUGUUUUGUUUCAAUCUGGUUUUUCUUUCCAAGGAUGAGACCUGUUUGCUCCAAUUCAGGUCGGGUUCUGUUAGAUUUAAUAUGGCACUGUAAUGGCAUUUCUUAUGCCUUGAAUUAUUAAUAAAGUCUUUGUUUUUUUGGCGGUUAAAAAAAAUAAACUAUAGGCAGAAAAUAUUAG